UGUUCCCCACCGAAGCGCACAAUGGCGAGGCCGAUACUGUCGUUCGCCUUGGCAGCGUUGCUGCUUGGGUGUUCGCUGAGCUCUGCCGCAGAAGAUGGAUUCAGCUACAGGGAAGCUUUGACCAAGAGUCUGCUGUUCUUCGAGGCGCAGAGGUCGGGCAAGUUGCCGGCGGAUCAGAGGGUGAAAUGGCGUGGUGAUUCUGCUUUAAAGGAUGGCUACAGCCAAGGGGUGGACUUGGUAGGAGGCUACUAUGACGCCGGUGAUCAUGUGAAAUUUGGAUUGCCGAUGGCAUACGCUGUGACGAUGCUGUCAUGGAGCGUGAUCGAGUUCGAGAAAGAGAUAGUCGACGCGGGGCAAUUAGAGUUCGCUCUCGAUGCCAUUCGCUGGGGAACCGAUUACUUCGUCAAAGCACACAGACAACCCGAUCUCCUCUGGGUGCAGGUCGGCGAUGGAGAUUCCGACCAUAUCUGCUGGGAGAGGGCGGAGGACAUGACGACGCCGAGGACCGCAUACAAGGUCGACUGCGAGCACCCAGGCUCUGAAGUGGCAGCCGAGACUGCUGCUGCGAUGGCUGCAGCUUCCAUAGUUUUCAGACCAUACGAUUCCAAGUACUCCGAUCUCCUCCUCUUGCAUGCACGGCAGCUGUUUUCCUUCGCUGACACGUACCGUGGUCGAUACGACGAUUCGGUUCACUCUGUUCGCAAGUACUAUCCUUCUUCCACCGGUUACUCCGAUGAGUUGCUGUGGGCUGCUGCUUGGCUUUUUGAAGCAACGGAUGACAAGUCCUACCUGAACUAUGUAGCUCAGAAUGCUGUCGUCCUCGGAGGAACUGGAUGGGCUGUUACUGAAUUCUCAUGGGACAACAAGUAUGCUGGUUUGCAGGUCCUUCUGUCAAAGGUGUUGGUCAGGGGUGGUGGUGAAACCUGCAAUGCCACACUCAAUCAAUACAAGGCAAAGGCUGAGUUCUUCCUAUGCGCGUGCCUCCAGAAGAACAACGGCGACAACGUCGAAAUGACUCCAGGGGGUUUAUUGUACUUCCAUGACUGGCAAAACCUGCAAUAUGUUUCCUCGGCAGCGUUUCUGUCGGCAGUCUACUCCAAUUAUUUGAGAAUGGCAAAUGCUAACCUCGUCUGCCCUGAUGGCCAAAUCAGUCCUGAGAUGCUACUAAAAUUUGCAGAGUCUCAGGCCGACUACAUUCUGGGGAAGAAUCCAAAGUCCAUGAGCUACUUGGUUGGCUACGGAUGGAACUAUCCCACUCAUGUGCACCACAGGGGAGCUUCGGUUCCAUCAAUAUUCGAGCUGCCUUCUGCUGUGGGAUGCAUCGACGGGUUCGAUUACUGGUACGUCAACAAGGACGGCAACCCCAACGUCAUCGAAGGAGCUCUGGUCGGAGGCCCUGAUCUGAAAGAUGAAUUCUACGAUGACCGGUGCAAAUACGAGCAGACCGAGCCUUCCAUCGCCGGAAACGCUCCCCUGGUCGGCCUAUUUGCGGCGUUGGACGGCUUAGAAGGUGACAAAGGUCAUUCUCCCAAGUACUCAACACCAGAUUCAUCUCCAGGUUCUAAACAAAAAUCAGCAGGGCCAAAUCCAAAGCCAAAUGAAGCAGCCGUUGAGUUCGUGCACACCAUAACCAAUACAUGGAAGUACCAAGGAGAGGACUACUACCGGCACCAGGUGGCCGUCAAGAACACAUGCGGCGAGCGGAUCACGUACCUCAAGUUGAAGAUCGAGAACCUCACAGGGACUCUCUGGGGCCUCUCGCAGACGCAGGAGAAGAAGAUGUACGAGCUUCCACCAUGGUUGCAGGUGUUGGAGCCUGGCGCAGGGUUCGUCUUUGUCUACAUUCAAGGUGGACCUCAAGCUGCAGUCUCAGUUGUUGCCUAUCGCUGAGACUCUGUGAUUGGUGCAAAUGUUGAACUCCGUAAGACACAAGGAUUUGACAGUGUUUUGAUACUGUUUAGGUAUCUGCGAGAGCUACUUGAUUGGGAGUAAAUUUGGUUUUGUUUUAGCUCUUCUCUGUCUUACCUUCUAAAAUUCAGAAGAAAAUAAAGCAUAUUUUGCCAAUAA